AUGGGACAAAAGCGAUAUUUCCACCACGCGCUGCCGCCCCUCCCUAACCAGGAGUACCCUCGAGCCAUUCCAGAGAAGCAGCCUACGUGGGGGUACUACAUCGCUGCCGUCGUGGUGUACUCGGUGUGGGCCAUCACGCCGCUGUCCUUUGCUUAUCUGACAUGGUACGGCUACUCGUCUUGGUACGCCCCCACCAACCUCACGGGCCCCAAGGGCUACCUUUUCACCCCGCUAGCCGGGUACGCCUGCCUCGAAGUCCUAUUCUCCAUCUACUAUGCCUACCUUGCGCGGUCGGUGCAGCCGGCCUCGCCCGCUAGCAACAUGCGACACGAUGACCUGUCGGACCUGUUCCUCCACGUCGUCCACGCCGGCCUCGCACUCGCCACGCCUGUCUCGAGGACGAGGGCACUGUCGGCACCGGGAAGGUGGGCCGAGGUACGCACCAGUAUCGACGCGUUGCUGGUGUCAAGUGCCAAACAGUCUGAAAAGGAGACGAAUUCCGGUACAUCUACGCCUACGGGGACGGGGAGUACGGGAAUGACCAAGGCGGAACAGACAACGCGUCGUCGCCUCACGCGUCUUGACUCCACCGUGGUCCCGACCUACAACCCGACAGCAGAGGAGGAGGACGAUCCGCUGUUCGACGCCAAUGGCCAACCGCGUGUUCUCGAUGUUGACGACCCCCGCGCGGUUGAGUUUAGAGAGCAACUCCGCACAUGGUUCAACCAUGUCCCAUGGGAGUCCCUCCGUCGCGAUGACCUGCGGACUUGGAUUGCCUGGGCCGCCUUUUCGCUCAAGCUCGAAGAUGUGACCGAACCUAAGAAGGUCCGCUUCCUUGAACGUACUUCCACCAUGCUUGAGGCCCGUACGGGCACAACCUUCCCUCCUGGACGUUCCGAUGUGGAGAUUAUGCGUCUCACUAUCGACCCCGUUCGCGCGUUUGGUCGCCCGUUCAUCAUUUAUCUCAUCUCCAACACAAUUAACACCUGGUUCAAGAACGUACUGUAUCCCUGGCGUGGGGUACAGGUGUGCCGUGUCGGAGACAUCGACUACCUCCUCCGCAUUCCUGAAGGCUGGACGCCUGAGAAGGGCCGACACGAGCCCAACGCGAUGCCCAUCGUCUACCUCCAUGGACUUGGUUUCGGCUUGCUCCAGAACCACCUGUUGCUCAAGCACCUCGUGUCGUCUCUCCCCUCUCACCCUCUCCUCGUCCCUCUGGCCCACCACACCGCCCACGCCAUCUUCAACGACCGCCACCUCAAGCCGUGGACGCGCCCCGAGCUCGUCUCAGCCGUCAAGGAAGCGUGUAUCCGACACGGCUUCUACGACCCCGACUUUGGCGGUGGCGUCUCCAUGAUGAGCCACUCGAACGGAAGUGUCCACCACGGCUGGGUGCUCAAGGACUUUCCCGAGCUUACGAAGCGCAACACUUUCGUGGACCCAGUGGUGUUCAGCCUGUGGGAAGGAGACGUGUGCUACAACUUUUGCUACCGCAAGCCGAGCGAGGCACUCGAGCUGUUGCUCGACUACUUUGUGGCCACCGAAGUCGGUAUCGCAAACUAUAUCCAGCGCCAUUUCAACUGGUGUGACAACACGCUGUUCAUCGAGGAAAUCCCCAACGCGACCGACCCGACCAAGACGGCCUUCUUCCUUGGUGGACAGGACAUCAUUAUCGAUGCAGGGCGCACUCGCCGAUACCUCGAACACAACGGUGUCCGCGACGGCCUGCACUGGGACGCCGACGCAGGCCACGGCGACGGUCUCAUUGGCGAGCCGCGCGACCGCGUCGUCAUGUAUGUCGGCACUGGCUCGACUAAAGGCUGGCAGGGCUGGCUCACGAGGGGCCGUCGGUCGCACUCGCUUGGCAUGGCGGAUCGCCCGCCGACACCUGUUCUGGCCGAGAAUGAUAACAUACGGCGCAGGCAUCUCGCCCCGCCAAGCUGA